GCCGAAGGCCACGAUGCGGUUCUGCUCGCCUUGAAGCGACUCUAUGCCUGGCUCUGGUCCAAGAGGAAGGUCGCAGUACAGGACUGGAUCGAUCAGCUCGGCGUUCAUGCCGCUCUCGUGGAUCUCCUGAACUGCCCCGGCAAGACCCUAGCACUUUGGACUUGCUACGUCAUUGCUGCGGCGGCUCUGGACCACGCCAGGAAUGCCAAGGCCUUCACCGAGGCCGUGCAAGACGUCUUAGCGAACGCAACACCUGCGCUCCGUGCUGCUACCGCACGCUACGAGCAGGACACCCAGAUUGCAGCUGCCGUCAGCUUCGCCUUCGCAGCUUAUCUUCCCCGCGGGAGGAAGUGA